AUGGGCAACAGCCAAAGCCAUCCUCACCGCGCCGAAGGCAGCUCAGCGCCGCAUUCUGACGACGGCCGCGUCAGCCGAGCGACGGCGUCCGUUCAACGUCUUGCCGCUAAGCUGCACCACCCUCACGAUAUGCCGGCCGAGUCAUCGCACAGUUCUUCGGCAUCGACAACUGGUCCAAAUAGGGAAGAAACCUCCGGGAUGGCAGUGAAGGAAGACGACAAGGCGGUGAAGCACGGUCGUGAGCGCGUUCAGGGCACGCGAGUUGCCGAAUCGGUCUCGAACUCCGUCAUGCCCACCCCUCCGACAGUGCCGUGUCAAUAUCGCACUGGCAAGACAUUGGGCAGCGGCACGUACGCCAUUGUAAAGGAGGCCGUACACAUCAAGACCGGCAAGUACUAUGCGUGCAAGGUCAUCAACAAGAAGCUCAUGGAGGGGCGGGAGUUCAUGGUACGGAACGAGAUCGCCGUGCUCAAGAAGGUUUCCAGCGGGCAUCGAAACAUUGUGACGCUUCAUGAUUAUUUCGAAACAGCCAACAACCUGUAUCUCUGUUUCGACCUUUGCACUGGUGGCGAACUCUUCGACCGCAUAUGCGCGAAGGGCAACUACGGGGAGCCGGAUGCCGCUGAUCUCGUGCGCACGAUCAUGAAAGCUGUACAAUACAUUCACGCGAGCGGUAUAGUUCACAGAGACCUGAAGCCGGAGAACCUUCUCUUCCGCACUCCUGCUGAAGACGCGGAUAUCAUGAUUGCCGACUUCGGGUUGAGUCGGGUCAUGGAGGAGGACCGUUUCCAUGCGCUGACCGAGAUCUGCGGUACCCCCGGCUACAUGGCGCCCGAAAUCUUCAAGAAGACGGGUCAUGGAAAGCCAGUAGAUGUUUGGGCCAUGGGUGUCAUCACCUACUUCUUGCUAGCAGGUUACACGCCCUUCGACCGGGAAAACCAACAGCAGGAGAUGGAGGCUAUCAUCGCGGGCGACUACAAGUUCGAGCCGGCUGAGUACUGGGCGAACGUGUCGGAUACCGCGAAGGAUUUCGUCCGAACAUGUCUCACGAUCGAUCCCAACCAGCGCCCAACUGCCGCCGAGGCGCUGAACCACCCUUGGCUUGCAGACACGAAGCCUCACUUUGUACCGGACCCAUCAAGCCCGCACGGUGGUCCUAUGGAUCUGUUGCCACACAUUCAGAAGGGCCGCGACGCCAAGACACGCUUCAGGAAAGCCGUUUGGGGCAUCACAGCCAUGAAGCGCAUGUCGUUGCUUGCCAGCACACAUCAUGUGAGCGAUCUGGAGCGCCAAGUCAACCAGUUCAAGGAGGAGUCGGAGAAGGAGGAGCUCGACGAGGGCGGUCAGGUCAUGCAUCACCACCCUCAAGACGAGAGCGAAGAGGAGAAGCAAAAGGAAGACAGCCUCAAGAAGGUCGACGACAUCUCCAUCGAGAAGGAGGGCGACUUGAACGCUUCGCUCAAGAAGUUGUCCGUAAACAACGAACAGACUUCGUAA